AUGAACCAACCAGAAUUAAACAAACCAAGUAAUUAUCCGCGAAUAGAUAUCAGUACUGGCGACUUCAAAGAUUUUCGGUUAAGAAGUGAUGUUUUAGUAGAUAAAAGCAAAAGUCUAAAUUUGAGCAUGCUCAAAUACUUUUUUGAAAUAGAAACUGAUACUCGAGGUAAUCCAUUACCCCCAAACGAAAAAACCAAUCACAUACUUUUUACUGGUGGAGAAAUGGAAGGGGGAAUUGAAGGUUCAAAGGUAUUAGAACCUUUAAAGGUUAGCACCGAUAAAAGUGCUAUGGAUCAACAAGGUAAAUAUCCAGUGAUUUUUCUUGAUUUAAAAGACGUGAAGGGGGGCAGUAGUUACCAAGAAGUUGAAAACAAAAUUAAAAUCCAAAUAUUUAAUGCUUUUGUUGAACACAAUUACUUAAAACAAUAUUUGGUUCCUAGUGAUGAUAUUCUAGAAAAUACUUUAGAGAAAGAACAACUAAUCAGAUGUUUCCUAGGGAAGCCAGAAAAAGCCGAUUUAGAAGUUAGUUUGAAAUUAUUAAGUAAGUUCUUAUAUCAACAUUUCAACCAAAAAGUUUAUCUCCUCAUUGAUGAAUAUGAUACAGUGAUUAAUGACGCCUUCUUAGAAUUAAAGCCCAAAGAAUUUGACAAAGUACUAAAACUUUUCCGGACAAUGUUAGGUUCAGUUUUAAAAGGGAAUGUUUAUUUGGAAAAAGCUGUUUUAACUGGAAUUUUGAGAAUCGCUAAGGCCAAUUUAUUCUCCGAUUUGAAUAAUGUAAAAGAAUACAAUUUAUUAGAUAAGAAAUUUACUGAAUAUUACGGAUUUACUCAAGAGGAAUUCGGAGGACAAACUGUCUAUAAUCCUUUGUCAGUUAUGUGUUGCUUAGAAGAAAAGGAUUCUGGGGGUACUGAUUUGGUAGAACAAGCAAUACUUUCAGAUGAAAACCAACUCGAUCUGCAAAAUCUCUUGAAGGGUCGGAACAUAACCAAAAAAUUAUAUAAGCAAAUUGCUUUGGAUCAAAUAAAGAAGGACAAGAGAGCAUUUUAUAGUUUAUUAGUUUUUGCUGGUUAUUUAAACCCCGUUGAGACAGAAGUGGGUUAUAAAUUAUCAAUUCCCAAUCAAGAAGUUAGGGAAAUUUAUGAAGAAAGGGUGGUAGCCGGUUCUUUCCAGUUAGCGAAAAAUAUUGCCGAAAUAUUUUAUAGUGGAUUAAUGUUGGGAAUAUCGAGCGAUCUAAGCCCAACUUAUUUUAUCGCUAGUGAAGCGGAAGUAGGUGAGGGUAGAGGUGAUUUGACACUACUUCCUAAGUCCCCUCGUUCCACUCAGGCCUUUAUUUUAGAAUAUAAAGUAUGCAAAAAUGAGAAACAAUUAAAAGCCAAAGCUAAGAAAGGGCUGGAACAAAUUGAAAAAAAUCAUUAUGAUGCUCAGGCAAAACAACAUCCCCAAGUUAAAAAAAUAACCAAGUUGGCCUUGGCUUUUUGGAAGAAGAAACUAGCAUUAGAAUACAAAAUAGAGGAAAGAGUGUCUGAUGAUGUUUGA